UCCACUCAGUGCAGAUAUUUUAAUCAGAGACGUAUGGGCAGGAAGGCGCCGAACGACACUCUGGUCAAGACUGGGGCCAUAUAAAUUAUAUAUGGAAGACCUCCUGUACCUGACCCCGGGAAAGGAAUUGGAGAGUCAGGUAGCCUACCUCAAAGAACAAUUAUUUGACUGAUGUGCGCCUUUGCAGAUUGAUCACAUAAUUGUUUUCAUAGAUCAUUAAUGCAUAUCUCACAAUGGUUGGGAGGAAGAGUGGUGCGGUCAUUAGACAGCUAUGCAAUGACCGCAGUGUGGCAGGGCAAACAGAGAGGCUUGAAACGGCUGGCCCUUGAUCGUGAUGUGGCUGCAGGAGCAGUCUGUCAUGAAGGACACUGGACACUCAUUAUCAUGUACCUGAAGGAGAUGAGGUCAUUAUACCUUGAUCCGUACUGUGCCACUCAGCAACAGAUUGAGAGGUGUAAACAUGUAACAAGGGCACUGGUUCGCCAGAAGUGUCCUGCUAUCGGGAGGUGGACAUGUGCUACACUGGCCCAUCCUAGACAGCAGGACACAACAUCAUGUGGGGUGUUUGUGUGCAAGCUUGCAGAGCAGAUUUUGCUGGCCCAGCAGAUUGACUAUGCAGUGGACCAGGAGGGUGUGGCCAUGCUAAGGAUGGACAUGGCUAAAGCGCUGCUGGCAAAUACAGAUGACCUAUCCCAGCUGUGUCGGGCUUGUGGGGAGGAAAGCUCCGGGGCUGAGAUGGACGAGUGGAUUGAAUGCACCACCUGCUGUCUGUGGUACCAUUCAGUGUGUUGGACAGCCCUCACCAGAGCAGGACUGGCUUUGCACUGCAUGCGCCACAUGAAUCGGCACUGCGGUUUCUAUUCUACUGCCCCCCUAAGUGACAAUUACUUGAGCAAACACAUUCAAAAUGAACUCAUCUCCCUUGUAGCAAAGUGCACAAUCGAUGCAAUUGUGGAGAAAGUAAAGAAAGCUAAAUAUUAUGCUGUUACCAUGGACUGCACUCCAGACCUCAGUCACAAUGAGCAGCUUUCAGUGGUGCUACGGAUUGUGAAUUGUGAAACCUCAAAAGGUAUCUCCAUUCAUGAGCACUUUGUUGGUUUUCUUCAGGCACUUGACACAACAGGAAAAGGGUUAUGUGAGUCAUUUUUAGGGCACCUAGAAACACUAGGUUUGGACCUCUCCAACUGCCGUGGCCAGUCUUAUGACAACGGCAGUAACAUGCAGGGUAAAAAGCAGGGGGUCCAAAAGAGAGUGUUAGAACUAAACAGCAAGGCUUUGUGUGUUCCCUGUGGAAGCCACACUUUGAAGCUUGUUGUUGGGGAUGCUGCCAAGUCAUCUGUGACAUCCAUCAGCUUCUUUGGUCUGCUACAGCGACUCUACACUCUGUUCAGCUCCUCAGUUCACCGCUGGUCCAUUCUCACAGAGCACGUCAAGAAUUUCACACUGAAGGCAUUGUCAACAACCAGAUGGGAGUCCAGGGUUGAAGCUAUCAAAGCUGUUCGCUACCAGCUUCCUGAAAUUGUGGAGGCAUUGACUGCUCUAAAGGAAUAUGCCAUGGAGAAAAGGGAUGCAGAAGUUGUUUCAACAGCUGGAAGCAUCUGCAAGGAGAUGCAGAGGUGGCCUUUUGUGGAAAGAUUUUCACACAUGGAAACCUUCUAUGAGCUGUAUGGAUUUCUCUACUCCACUGACGUCAUGAGAAGCACUGAGAAGGAAGGGAAGCUGGAUGAAUGCUGCCACAGAGUGGAGCAGAGAUUUGAUGAUGUUGAUGCAGAGGACCUGAAACUUGAGCACCACAACAUAGAGGACAGCAGCUGCUGCUGCCCAAAUUUGAGCUGUGUAAAGAGGGCCCCAUGCCUGCCUUUGCCUUGGGCCCCAAAUUUCCUAAAUCUGCCACUGGGUGGAGAGAACCCCCUUCUAGCCCAUUUUUGGGGGCGCUGAAGCACCCCUAAAUUGAAUCCAAGCACCCCCAAAAUUUGAGAGAUUUUUUUUUUUCUUUCUGUAUGUCCCUUUUUAACAAGCUAGAAAAGUGUCAAAACCAUACAGUACUUGGUACAGAGGGGCUGCAGCUGCGGAUGUUGCUGAAGCAAAAAUCCGGGAGUGGGAGGAGUUAGGGGAGGCUAUGAAGAAGGACUUUCGGUGGCGCUCAAGGAAGUUCUGGCAGACGAUUAGAUGCCUCAGGAAGGGAAAGCAGGGCUUAUCUCAGGCUGUGCUCAGCAGAGAAGGAGAACUGCUGACCCGAACUGGGGACAUCGUCAGGCAGUGGAAGGAACACUUUUAGGACCUCCUGAACCCGGCCGUCAUGUCCACCAUGGAGGAGGCAGAGCCUGAAGUCUCUGGGAAACUUUCGCCCAUAUCCCUGGCAGAGGUUGCUGAGGUAGUUAAAAAGCUCCCCAGCAGCAAGGCACUGGGAGUGGAUGAGAUUCACCCUGAGAUGCUGAAGGAUCUGGACACUGCAUGAACAGGGGCCUCAGCCAGACGUUCCCAGUUCACCCUCACUACAUGUUUGGGUUUACCAGGUCUGUCCGGCAGCCUCCCCUGCCAUCUGAUCCAACUCACCACCAGGUUUUGAUAGCUGACAGCUUUGCUCCUCACUUCACCCGAGUGUCCAAUGCACCUCUCACCCUGGGCAACACCAGAAAAAGCUAGAGUCCAGCCCCGCUCCAGGAGUAUGGUUCCAGAGCCAGUGUUGUGCGUGGAAGUGAACCCAACUUUAUCUAGUUGGUACUGCUCUGCCUCCAGCACCAGCUCCAGCUAAUUCCCCACCAGAGAGGUGACAUUCCACGUCCCCAAAGCUGGUCCUCUAUGCUGGAGAUCAGCACGCCCAGAGCCCUGCCCCUGCCUGCCGCCCCGCACACAAUGCAUCCAACCCCGAUGCCAAUCACAGCAGGUGGUGGGCCCACAAGGUGGUGGUUACCUCUUAACCGUUUUGUUUUCUGGGAAUAACUGACACAAUCAGAAACCAGAAACAAGUCGUAUUUUCGGUUUUGGCCAAAAAACAAAGAAACGGUUUGUGAGGUUUCUACCGUUCCUACCGAUCCUAUUGUCACUUACAUUUGGGCUGUGCCCUUCAAAAUAAGGUUACCUCUUGGCCUUUACUCCAGUGGGAUGUCUCUGCAGACCCGGAGGCUGCAGAUUCAACCCACACAGACAGGCAAUGAAGUAAUGCAACAGCGUUUUAUUGUAUUGCCUGUUAAUAUGCAGCUGAUAGACCAUGAAAAUUAAAGCUCUAUAGUAAGUUUUGUUCAGGGUGUACCGUGAACAGUGAAGUCUGCUCUCAGUAAAACUAUCAACAUGACAGCAAGCACACCAAAAGUAGUUAUUAAAAAUGACUAGCAGGUGUCGCACUGCAUCAAAGUUGUCAUCAAAAAUACAAACGUAAUAUAAUAUGAAUGAAUAGGCCUAUGUUGACAGCCAGGUGGGAAAAAACAGAUGUACAUCUAUGGAAAGGCAUUUACUAUAGGCUACUAUCAAUUAGAGUUAAGCUGUCACUGGACUUUCCCCUCAGUUGUGGUCACAUGGAGACACUUGAUGAUAAUUGUGUAGACAGUUAAGAGAUUCACACUACCUGCUAUGGUGGAAUAAAAAGAGCCAUCUAGUUUUCAGGUCUACUCUAGCAGACUGACGAGAUCAGCGGGGUAGCUAUUGCAGACAAACUCUGAGUAGCCUAUGUUAACCCUAAAUGAAACUCUGGAUUUUCAGCUCCAGAAAGAGAGGUAACUGAAGCCCGGUGUCAGUUACUAUGACAACUGAGUCUGUGAACCUAACCUGGUCGGGAGCAGAUUUUCUUCAACAAACCCUGAGGUUUUCUCUGUCUCCUCCCUCUCACUGUUUCAUUUCCUCAUUUAUUCAGUCCGUAUCGAAGUGCAUUAAUUAGCGGAGCUUUUACUGUCUGCCACAAUCUAAACCCACGCUGGAUAUUAGUUUGUUACUCUGGACUAUCUAAAGUUAGGCUACUGAUUUUAUGUGCAUCAUUUCUUUGAACAUCGUAUUUUGUCUUCACUUUUAAAUAUUACACAGAAGUAAUUCACUCUCAGCUCAGAAUAAAAAAUCUGUCAUUUUUAUUGCAAGUUGUUUUUUUUUUUUUAUAAGUCUGUGCACAUGGAUCAGACAGCUGUCAGUCUGUCAGAGCAGCGCCUGCCCUGAAAUGUUUAUUGCAACAAAUGUGUAAUCUCAGUUAAAAUGAUAAAAAUCUGUGUGAAGCUUUAGAUAAGUAGGAUUAAUGAAUGAUGAUAUCGAUGUGAUUGGUCACACUGAUGGAACAUAAUUCAUAUAGGCUAGUCUAAUAUUGGAGAUUAUUAAUAUUUGUGAGUGAGCAGGAUUGUGGUGCAGCUGCAGAAUGUAGCUUGAAAGUGAGUUUCUUAAAUAGUCUGUACGUGUUUUAACAGCAUUGGACAGUUUAUCAGAUUCCAAGAAACACUGUGUUGUAUAUAACAUGCAGUGUUUUGUACAUGUAGCUUUGUGCUGUACUGUAUACAGCAUGUAUCAUAGGCUACAUACUAUCCCCUAUUCAUUUGUACAUACUUUCCCUUUUAUUAAUACUUUUCUCACAUCAUGUGUAUAUUUUUACUCAAAUUGUUUUGAUUUUAUUCUUCUCUUAUUAGGGUCCGGGCAGCUAAGCUGGCUGGACACUAUUGUAAUCCUAGUUCUUCUUCUUCUUCUUCUUCUUCUUCUUCUUCUUCUUCUUCUUCUUCUUCUUCUUCUUCUUCUUCUGAAAUCAUACUUCCCAUGGGUGAAAACUCACCAAACUUUGCACAAAAGUCCAGUCUCACGUCAGAUAUCCUCAGCUGUAAACUCAAGCCAAUAGUCCUGAUGGUGGCGCUACAGCAAGCGUCUAAAUUUCGAAACUUUGAAAAUUCAUAACAAAUCAACCAUAUGUGCUACAACUUCACAACUUUCAUCAAACUGUAGCCGCAAUAGUGAAGAUACUUUUGUACACUUAAACCUAUUAAAAAUUAUGAAGUUCACCACUCUGUUUUUUUCAAAAACUGUAAAAGUUCUUAAACCUAUCUCCUCCCACAAUUUUUGCUCAAUUGACACCAAACUUGCUACAGAGCAUCUUCAGACUGUCCUACAAAAACUAUGUUUCUCAGAUUUUUGAUUUAUCAAAAAUUGAGCCUACAGUGUAUCAAAAUGUUUGACUGUAAAUGGUACUGUAAAAAUAUACAUGAAAAUUCUUGCUAAAUAAAUCUUCAAUGUUCAAGAAAAACAAAUCACAAAAUUCUAGAGGCAUGGUAGAUGAUGUGUGCCAAAUUUCAGAAUUUUAUCUCAAAAACUGAAUUUUUGACAGCAUUUUGAAUUUUUCUCUAAUGUGAACAAUUGGAGUCAAUGUAAAAAUGGCAAUUUUAAACAUCAGUUUUUCACUUAUGGAGCAAAUCAAUCAUUGUUACAAACAAAUUACCAACAUCUCCAUGCUGUCUAGAUGCAAUAUGUGUAUUUUCAGAUUUUUGUCUUAAUAACUGAAUUUUUUGCAGUCGUUUCAAAUCUGCCUUUCCAUGCACGGAUGGCUGCUUACAGUGAAUGGCUUACUCAAUUUGUGAAGCCACUGUUGAGCUGCUACUUGCCAAUUAGCUCAGAGCAGUAGAUGACCGCCUUAGGUUCCAGAGGUUGCGGAUUCGAGCUUUAACUGGUGCAGAAUCUACACUGUAAUGUAAACAUCUUCUUGUGCUCCAGCUUAUUGCUUAAAAUUGCCUGAGCGUGACUCAUCACUGUGUAGCAUCUUCAAGUCUUUUUUCUGCUAGAAAAUCUGCCUUCUCAUACUUGAAAAUAAACCAAACUUUGCACAAAGAUCCAGUGUCAAUACUUAAGUAUGAAACCAUCUGAAGCUUCUCACUUUGCACAUAGCUCAACUAGUUAAACAUCAGUUUUUCACUUGUGAAGCAAAUCAAUCAUUGUUAAAAUAAAUUCCAUGCAUGGACGGCUGCUAAACCUGCAUGGCUGGCUUAGUCAAUUUGUGAAGCUACACGUGAACUGUCACUGACUAAUUAGCUCAGUGAGAUAGAAAUUGAUUCAUAGUCUCAGUGGUUGUGAGUUCAAGCCUCAGCUGAUGCAAAAGGCAGAUUGUGUUGCAAAAUUCCUAAAUGUCUUCCAAUUCUUCUGCUUGUUGCUCAGAAUUGCCUAAAAAUGCCCGGACCUGACCCACCCGAUUAUCUGUAUCUUUGCCUGUGUUCAAAUACAUGUUCAAAUGUACAACUGACACAAAUAUGUAAACUAAACUUUUUAAUGCAAAACAUCCAGAAGUGAAACAAAACAGUUUCACAAUUAUGCAGGGGCUGCAUCCAUACAGCAACACUGAAUAUUGGCCAUUGAAGCCAUAGAAAUAGGCUACUUAUUAUUACAUAGCCUACGAAUAUGACAACUUUAUGAAUGACAACAACAACACAGCUUGCCACAUUAAAACAUCAUAAAAACAUAAAAGUGCAUGAAAGUGUUACAUCUGCUACCAUAACCUUUGAACUAGGUUAGAGGAAAAUCCAGGCCUGACCCUGUUUAGCUUAAAACAUAAAAACAGUAAAGAAACUCCAGUCUUCUUCUAUUCUCGGCUGCCUGCUCCGCUCCGCUCCUCUGCUGACGUCCGAUCCUGGAUUUCCCCCACCCUGCCCCGACCAAGCGUCGUCCUCUCUCCGGUCCUCCUUAUAACUUGUACCCGCUACUUAUCAUCUCACUGCCCAUGUGGUCCAACAAUAGCAUCACCGCCUUUCAAACAAAGGAACCGGGGUUGAAUCCAACGUCAGCCGUUGAAGUAUUUCUCACUUGAUUGUGAAUAAACCAUUUGAACUGAGCUCUGCUGUUGUCUUAAUUUCUGAGCCAACCUGUCAUUCUUAAUUUAACAGACACACAUCAGGUAGGAUAUGGGUGAAUAGCAGCUACAGACAAAAUUGUGCUAAGUGGUAAUAUUAAGAUGUCCUUUAUUGAACCCAGGCAUUGACACACAGUGCAAAUACAAAAAUAAG